AUUUUUUUAUGUGUUAGGUAACUACAGACUGGAGUGAGAGCAGCUCAUCUGGCUGUACCAAACACCACUCAGGAACAUCUGCUGCAGCCCCUUUAGCUGCUGCAGUGAUUGCUCUGGCUUUGGAGGUUCAACCAUGUCUCUCCUGGAGGGAUGUUCAGUAUCUCAUUGCUCUGACCUCAAGAAAAAUUGACAUGUCCAACUCAGAUUGGGCAAAUAAUGGUGCUGGCCUCCAUCACUCACAUCAACAUGGCUUUGGUCUGGUUGAUGCAGCAGCAAUGGUCUCAGCUGCAACUAUCUGGGAAUCUGUCCCCUUUUCUACUACAUACACCUCAGAGAAGAUGGUGGUACGUCUUCCUAUGCCAGCAGAGAGACUUGGUGAAGUAAUGGUCAAACACACUGUGAACAAACAUGUGUUGGAAGGAUAUGCUCUCAACAUGCUAGAGUUUGUGCAAGUGCGAGUAACAAUAGAACAUGAGUACCGAGGCAGCCUUAACAUCAUCCUGGUGUGUCCCAGUGGCACUAGGUCAACCCUUGCAGCUCCUAGGGAUGCUGACAAUUCUACCAAGGGCCUAGUGGACUGGCCACUGGGUACCGUGCGUUGUUGGGGAGAGGAUCCAGUUGGCAUCUACCAGGUAACAGUAAUGCAGACACGACACCAGCACCUGAAUGGGCAGUUGAUGUCUUGGCAGUUAAUCCUUCAUGGCACCUCUAUGACACCAACAGAACUACAGGAAAGAAGGAGAUUGGUAGAGAGAGCGGUACGAGGGGAAGUGGUCCAUGUGAAUCGAAGUACAUUGUGCCAUCCACCAGAGCUACGAUUUGAGCCUUUCCAUCCUUUGCCUGAACGAUGGCUUAAGGUUCUGGUCAUCUCUGGAUUCUUUCUAAUGUUUAUGGCCAUAUUCAACUCUUUUGAAUAUAUCUUUUGCUAUAAUGGUGAGAAAGAAAAAUUCUACAAGAAACUCCAGGAUCUGUCUGCUGGACGGGCCAUGCAUCAAAGAAAUGCCUCGGCUCGGAGGUCCACAAACUUAGAUCGUCGAUAUGGAAUUAUGGAAGCUGGAAACCUUUCUCAGGAUACAGUAGAAACACAAUUAUCAACUGUAAAUUCAAAUGAGAUUCUUCCACUGAUGGUGAUGGACAGGGAAACUUCACCAUCACCCUCUUGUGAUGCAGACAUAUCUAGUCUAGACUGUGAUAGUGAUGAAGACAACUUAUCUUCACAUUGCACAAGUGAUACAGUCAUACCAAAGGACACUGAUGUAACAGAUUUCACAAAUGAUGAAUUUUUAUCAGAAGUUGAUGAAGAUAGAAGAAUUCCUGAUAAAAUAGAAUUAAUGGAUUAGUUUUAUAGAUAUUUUUCUACUCUUUAUACGUUGUUUUCUAGAUGAAAAGCAUAUACUGUAGUGUGCAAUUGCUAAGGCCAUGUAAAAAUAAUAGUUUGUUUCUCAUAUAAUUUAUUUUUCAAUAGCAGCACAGAAGGGCGGGAAGUUAUUUUUAAUUAUACAGUAUUUUAUAAACUAAAAGCAUGUGCAAUACAGUACAAGGACUAUAAAUAGUAAAGACAAAUCACUGUAAUGUCAUAAACUUUGGCUCUGCCCCGUUCAAUGACAUCACGCUUGUGACAUACGUCAUCUGGUGACUUCGCGGGCAGUCAUGGAUGGUGGUGACUUUUCCUUCAUUUCAUCAUUUUUUAGAAUACUUGUAAGACUAAGGCUUUUCUGUAGCCAGGUAUAGCAAAACGAAUGCCUUAUGUUCUCAUAGUCCUCCAAAAAAUAAGUGACAUAGCAAAAGAAAAAACUAGCAAGAACAAUGUUUCACUGUGUUUUGGAUGACCUGAUACAUAUUGACUAAUAUUGUAGAAUUAAGAGACUACAAGUUUCCCUCUCAUCUUGAAACAAGCGCAGUGUUAACACCUGAAACUUAUACCAAUGUACUUGGCUUUAAUUUUUUCAAGAUUAUUAUAUAUGUUUAGAAUUCUUUUUGGCCACAUAUAGCAAGAGGAAUGUCCUGCCUUCCUAUAGAUACCUGGAUAUUGACAGACAUUCCAGAAUUAAGGACAUACAAAAGAAAUAUGAACUCUCUUCAAAUAAGUUCUCAGCUAGCUUAAUGUGGUGAUUAUUUUAUCAGAGCGCUUGCAGACAUUUUCCAUUUAUCACAAUUUUUUUUAGAUCUGGAAAAUCUUUAAUACUUGAUGUGCUCUCUGCUUGGGAUUUGAGCAUUGCUGGUACACCCGUAUAUUACACAAAUAACCAUAAUUGUUGAUACACUGGUCCUGGGAGCAGAUCACCAGAUGACGCGUGUUUACGACAGUGAAGUCACAGAACUGUGCAUUGUGGGUAAAACAAGUAUUUGGUGAACUAUCCUUACUAGUAUAUUAUCCUUGGUACAGUAUAGUUUUUAUCUUUUGGUGGUCUUUUUUUAAUGAGCUAGAGAGUUCUGAAGUCAUCUGAACUUGCAUGCUUGAAUAGAACAUAAAAUUUC